AUGUCAGAAGUCGAUCCACUGGUCCUGUCGUAUUCGCAUCUGGCCGACUUCCCUCGGGCCAACGAUGCCUUGCAUAGCCUCAAGAAGAUCGCUUCUCUAGUGAAGCCCCUCAUGCGGGCAAGAGGAUGGAAGGUGAAGCAGCUCACCGAGUUCUAUCCCGGACAACAAAACCUCCUUGGUCUUAAUGUCGGCGCUGGACAGAAGAUCUGCUUACGACUUCGAUACCCCGGGGACCGUGACCAGUUUCUUCCCAUCGAACAAGUCACUGAUACGAUGCUCCACGAGCUGGCGCAUAACGUCCACGGUCCUCACGACGCGAAGUUCCACGCAUUAUGGAACCAGCUACGAGAUGAACACGAGGGACUGGCUAUGAAGGGCUAUACUGGUGAAGGUUUCUUGUCAGAAGGCCGCCGUCUGGGUGGCAAGGGAUUACCGAUAGACGAAGCUCGCAGGGUAGCCCGAGCUGCAGCAGAAAAGCGACGCACGCUCAACGCGGGAUCAGGUCAACGGCUUGGUGGAGCAGCUCCUCGUCCCGGCCAGGAUGUCAGGAGAGUGAUCGCCAACGCGGUCGAACGUCGCAGCAGAACCCUCCAGGGCUGCGCCAAUGACAACCAGACGCAAGAUGAGAUCCGUGAGAUCGCCGAUACCGCUACGAGGAAUGGGUUCAGGACGCAGGCCGAGGAAGACGCGGCGAACGAGGCUGCAACAGCGCAGGCUUUAUGGGAGCUUGUGCAGGAGGACGAGAAAGCCAAGCACGGUGACGCCUAUGUCCCUCCCAGCGAAGAGAUACCCACGGAGGCCACAGAUGACGUUGAUUCGAAGGAGGAAAUACCAGAGAAGCAGCCGCCUUCUUCGCCGUUGGACCGCGGUAUUGAAAGGGGAAAAGCCAAUCCUACCACCUGGACCUGCGAGAUCUGCACGCUGCAAAACCCCGCUGGCUUCUUGUGUUGCGAUGCAUGCGGCACGGAAAGGAGCGAGAAGCUUACCAAUGCUCUGGUUGAGAGACCAUCUAAGCGACAGCGCACGACAGUCGACCUUACCAAAGCAGAAUCCACGGCGCGACCAGCAACGUCAUCUGCAGGGACUGGGUCAUCAUUUCCAGCUACUGCUGCUACCUCCCUCGCACCGCAGACUUGGCGAUGCCACUUCUGCGGGCGUGUCAGAGAGAAGCAGUGGUGGUCAUGCGACCUAUGCGGCAGUAUCAAGACAGACUCGAAGUGA